UGGCUCCCAUUAAAGAGGAGAGCUCCGUGGACACAACGUGAACUCCAACAAUAUUUUGGGAGGGAACAAAAAAAGUACAACAAGACGCCCCGCGUACACGCUGCAGCGGAGACGUGCACGCCUGUGGAGUACAGUGCCAUGCGAAGGGGGGCUGCAGGAGGCGGAGGGGGGCCGAGCUGCUUGGAUAUGUUGUCACAUUUGGAUAACUUUUGAGACAUCAGGAGCUGCAGGAGUGUGAAUUUUGAAGGAUUUAUUCUCUUUUUAUAUUUCAAUUCAUUUUAUUUUACCUUUGGAAUAAAAUUUUGUGGGGGGGAGGUGUCAUAUUGGCUGCAGAAGGAUGGCAGCUUGGGUCACCUUCACCUUUGCAUUCAGCAUCAUAGUACAGGUUUUUGCCUCGGGUGUUUUUGAGCUGCACCUCCAUGAUUUUAAGAACCACAAGGGUCUGCUGGCCAAUGGCAAAGCGUGCAAGCCCACCAGCUGCAGGACUUAUUUUAGGAUUUGUCUGAAGAACUACCAGGCUGUGGUCUCGCCAGGGGACUGCAUUUUUGGGAGUACCAGGACUGCAGUGCUGGGCUCCAACUCCUUCAGUGGCACACCCCCUGGUCCCAUCCAGAUCCCAUUCAACUUUGGAUGGCCGGGCUCAUUUUCUUUAAUCAUUGAAGCCUGGCACUCUGCUCAUGGAAAUCUACCUGUAGACAGCGACAACCAGGACUUGUUAAUCAGCAUUUUCGCGAUCCAAAGACAACUGAGUGUCAGCACCGACUGGUCUCAGGAUACACAGAUGGCCGAGCAGACGGAGCUGAGGUAUUCCUACCGCUUCGUCUGCAACGACAGCUACUACGGGGAGAGCUGCUCUAAGAAAUGCACGCCCAGGGACGACCGAUUCGGACACUACACCUGCACAAGAGAUGGACAACUCACCUGUCUGCCUGGGUGGAAGGGGAAAUACUGUGAAGAACCGAUCUGUCUGGAAGGCUGCAGCGAGAGGAACGGCAACUGCUCCAAGCCUGGCGAGUGUGUGUGCAGAGACGGCUGGCAGGGCACCUUCUGUGACGAGUGUAAGAAGUACCCAGCCUGCAAGCACGGCACCUGCCAGCUGCCAUGGCAGUGCAACUGUCAGGAGGGCUGGGGUGGCUUAUUGUGUGACCAAGACUUAAAUUUCUGCACGCAUCACCAUCCCUGUGUCAACGGUGCAACCUGUAUGAACACAGGCCAGGGCAGCUACACGUGCACAUGCCUGCCAGGGUUCACGGGGGUCAACUGUGAGCUGGAGAUGCAGGAGUGUGACAGCAACCCCUGCAGGAAUGGAGCGAUAUGCACAAAUCUGGAGAGUGGCUACAUGUGCGCGUGUCAAGAGGGCUUCGAGGGUUCGCACUGCGAGCACAGCCUACUGACGUGUGCUGAUUCGCCCUGCUUCCACGGGGGCAAAUGCUGGGAAAAAGACAACGGGCGGAGCUACAUGUGCGAGUGUCCCCGCGGCUACACCGGACUCAAUUGCGAGAAGAGAGUGGACAAGUGCACGUCGCUUCCCUGCGCUAAUGGUGGUCAGUGCCUGAUCCAUGGUGGCAUGCGUAUGUGCAGCUGCCGUGCAGGAUUUACUGGCCAGCACUGUGAGAUCAACAUCAACGAAUGUGCGGGCAACCCAUGCAUCAACGGCGGCACCUGCCUAGACCGAAUCAACGACUACACUUGCGCCUGUGUUGAAGGCUACAACGGACGCAACUGCGACAAAGUCCUUAAUGAAUGCCCUCUUCAUCCUUGCCUUAACGGUGGUGUUUGUACUGGCGUUGGUGGGUCCGGCAAGACCCCAGGGACCUGCGUCUGCCCCCAUGGUUUCACCGGUCCAAGCUGCGAAUUCUUCGCCGCUGUGACUUCACAAGUAGGAGAUAUUCAAGACGGCUUCCAGUGGGCGGCGGUUUCUCUAGCCGUGGGGCUGGUGGCGCUGCUGGUCCUGCUUUGCAUGGUGGGCUUGGCCUUGAGGCACAUCCACAGGCAGGCCCAAAGGCAGCGCGACGACACAGAGACCAUGAACAACGUGUCCAUCACUCAGAGGGAUAACCUGAUUACGGCGUCACAGCUGAAAAACACCAACCAGAAAAUGAGCCUGGAGGUGGACUGUGACUCUGAAAAAUCUAACUUUAUCCAUAAAAACUAUCACUUAGACCCCUAUAGCUCAAAAAUUAAGGAGUUUAAGGACGAGCGGUCACAAGAGGACAUAAGUCGUAUUUAUGACAAGUGUUUAGAAGAGAAAAGACCCUUGAGUAGAGUGUGCAGUGAAAAGCCAGAGUGUAGAAUAUCAACGAUAUGCUCCUCCAGAGACUCCAUGUACCAGUCGGUAUUUGUCAUAGCCGAGGAGAGGAGGGAGUGCGUCAUAGCCACCGAGGUUUAAAACUGUGAGCGGCGUAGGAAAGAAGACACACAAUCGAGGCAGAAUUCGACAUUCUGGAUUGUUUACAAAUGCAGAGGAGAAAAGACCUGAGGGUUUUUAAUGUCCACUGCUGCACUCUGGAACACUUAAGCCUGCAACAAGGUGUGAGCAGUGGAAGAACAUGAACUUAUCUCCUGGACUUGUCCAUAGGAGGUGAAUGUGGAUUUUCCCGCCGCUCGUUUCCUGGCCUUGUGUGAUAAUCACUCUUACCAGCCAACCAAUCAGUGAAAGUUGCCUGAGAUUUUUUUGAUGCCGUUAUGAAAAAUCCAACCCAACUUCUUCCCCAAAUAAAACAUCCAAGCGCUCCAGCCACCUUCUAUGCAAAAAGACCUAGGAUGGAGAGCCACAAUUCUACGUCACAAACACUGAGAGUAAUGAAUGUCUGAAGCGUCGUCUGCAAGAAUGAAGAUGACAUGCAGCCCAAGUUCACUAGAAGCCUUAAGAGUGGGAAGUGUGGUUCAUUUGUGCCCUUUUGUCUCCUCUUGGAUUGUUUGCACUACAAAAAAAAGGGUUCAAGGAGUCAAUUUGGAGAAAGUAUGCAUAGAAGGUUUUCUAUGCAACACAAACAUUGCCUGCCUAAGACAAAUUUCACAACCACAGAACUACUCUUGUUUUUUUAAAGUGAUUAUUUCCAGAGUUUAAUUUAAAUAUGAAACUUUGCUAUUUGUAUGUUUUAUAAUAUUAUUUUGUAUAUAUUGCAUAUUUAUAAGGACCAAACUUCUGAGGAAUAAACUUUUUGUGAAAA